CAACGUAGAUAUUAGGGUAGAAAUUCACUUUUCAGGUAGCCGCAGGUAGCCAUAAGUCAGAGUAAAACGUCUCAUUUACGUAUUCGCAUCAUUUUCAUUCAUCAUUGGAAAUACUAAAUUAUCUGUGUAAAUAAACAAAAUGGCCAUAAAACUCGAUCAGCAAUUCAUUAAUUUUGCAAAGUUUGGGGAUACGAAAGCCGACGGAAAAACUAUCACUUUAACGCAAAUCGAUAAAUGGUUCAAACAGGCUCAAGUGUUCGAUAAAAAAUUAACUCAAACCGAUACUGGAAUAACUUUUAAUAAAUUCAAGUCUAAAACUAUCAAUUUCCAAAAUUUCAACGCUUUUAUCGAAGAUUUGGCCGGUCAGAAGAAAAUGACGCCUGAUGAAAUUAAAGACAAACUGAUGGAGUGUGGACCUCCCGGAACUACUAAAACAACGAUUGCAGUAAAAACGGGUGCCGUGGAUCGUUUGACAGACACCUCAAAAUAUACAGGAGCCCACAAAGAACGGUUUGACGAAAGUGGAAAAGGGAAGGGUAAAGAAGGGCGUGAGAACAUAGCCGAUGAUAGUGGCUAUGUGGGUGGAUAUAAAAACAAAGAUACCUAUGAUAGCAAGUAAAACUCAGAAACGGAUACUAUUCAGUUUGCUGUGACAAGAGCACUACUUUGAGAAACGCACAAAGUGUAGGAGAAAAAUAAUUACUCAUUCGCCAUGAAACUUAGCACUUUAUAAAGCACUUUCAGUAUAAAUAUAAGAUUUGUUCCUUCA